AGGAAACUUCUAGAAUUUCAUCACAAAGUCCAGAGUUUCACGAGGUUGGUACAUGGCAACAUUCAAAAAUAGAGGCGUUCGCAACGGGGAGGCCUUGCCCACAUGCAUAGCUGUACAUUAUAUCGGUGUAUAUAAGUAUGUACAUACAUAUCAGUGAAAACAACACUGUCGCUAUCUCGCUCACUGAUCGUCUCAAAGCAAGUGGGUAUAAAAGCCAGCGAUCUCUCUCACUCGGAAUUCAGUUGGCAAUUAUCAGGCAAACUAACAAAAAGAGGCAAACAACAAGAUCCAUAGACAAGUUUUCUAACCUAUUCAAAAUGAGUUCCAAUUCUCUGUUCGAAACCGACGAAGAUGUCGCUCAGGCCAACAAGUUAUCCCGGAAAGUGAAGGAAUCCCCCUUCAUGCUGGUCGGUAUUGCCGGUUUCGUGGCCGCAGGUUUGGUUGGAGCCUACAAAUAUCGGAACCGAGGCACCAUGAGCACCAGCGUCUUUCUGAUGCAGUUGCGUGUGGCUGCCCAGGGAACCGUCGUCGGAUGUUUGACAGCCGGAUUGGCGUACACAAUGGCCAAGGAGUACCUGUUCCACGAGGAACAGAAAAGCAAUACCAGGCCAGAGGAAUAAAUAAAGUAUAGUAGGAUUAUUAGCCAAAGACCAAACAUACAUACAUCAAAUGGUGACCGUUAAUUAAACUCAUCAUAUUGCCUACCUCCCCACCGUCAUCGAAUCAAAAACGGUAGAACAAACUAUUCUAGAAUUUAAGAAAGUUCUGCAAAGUAUUAGCCAUCAGGUUUAAUCAUAUUUAAAAUUAGUUAACUAUUAAAUGUACACAAUAAAGAAUGUUUGAACCAAAGAA